AUGGGCUCAACUUCUGUUGGGCCUCAGAUAACGAAACCCACUUGUUGUCUUGAUUUAGGCAUUAAGGAUCAUUUGGAGGCCUAUGAAGUGAUUUCUCCUCUUAUAGAGAUCCUGGUGGAGGUCCAAGCAGAAAAACACAGUGGGCCACGGGGUGGACCCAAAAAUAUGCCAAAAGGGCCAGGUAGGUUGGAACAGAGAAUUAGCAAAGCCCUUGGAGUGAAUAAGAAGAUCAAACAGAGCCCAUUUCUAGGCAGUCGUUAUCAUAAACAUGCGUCCUUACUUCGAGAAGACCCCGCACCGGGGUGCACAGCUUUGAACGGUGUUUCCCGUCCAUUAUCUUCGACGACGAGCCCAGGCGAUGGGCAAAGGUCGAGGAAAUUAACCGGUAGUUAA